AUGGUGGCAUGUGGAGAGAUAACCAAUGCGGUUAGAUGUUUAUGUGCAUUACUUGGUGAAUCACAUGCCACAAUGAACAACAAUCAAUCAAUCAAUGGCGGCGAUGGUGCCGGCGGUGUUAGAUCAUUGGUCGAUGCAUUUGUCAAUGUCAGCAACAACAAUAACAACAACAACAGCAUUAUAACUCAAACAGUUGUACUAUCAAAUAUUGAAGAGGCCAUUACUCGUGUUCGUCUCUCAGAACUACUGCUUCAAUAUACAUUCAAUCAUCACGAGGCCAGGUAUCACUUGGAGAAGGCUAGGUUACUUCUCGACACAGACUCAACAGAGGACUCACUUGAGCUACUCUGCAAGAUAUCAUCAUACUUGACUGACUUCUUCAUCAGUGGCAAUGCAAUCAACUUGUCAAAGCAGUGGAUAAAGAAAGGUCUUACAUAUUCUUCAUCAAUGAACAAUCAGAGAUGGAAACUAUACUUCUUGAUCAAGAACACUUAUGUACUCUUCAUUGAGAAUCAACCAAAGUUGAUACAUAGCACAUUGGAUCAAGCUUUAAAGAUGGUCACUGAUUCAAAUGAUGACUUUAGUCAUUCACUUGUAAAGUUGAUCAAGACUCACUAUUCAUUGAUGUACUGGGAUUAUACAUCAGUCGCAACACAUCUGACUGAGGUGAGCGCAAUGAUCAAACUGAUGGGCGAUCAACUCGAAAGAUAUAAGUCACAAUCAAUCAAUCUCAGUGUCAAUGGCAAUGGCAAUAGCAACAUCAAUGGCAAUGUCAAUGUAAAUUCAAUUCAAUAUCCACAAUUCUUCCAACAAAUAUUCAACUCCUCCAAGUCCAAUCAAACAAAGAGAAUGGACCUAAUGAUUCGCGAUGUCGUUAUAUCUUUCGAACAGCUUCGAUUAUAUUAUUGCUUUAUCAAUGUUAGCUUCUUGAUGAGAGUUGGCGACUACAAACAAACUGGCACACUGCUCGAGCAGAUGCAAGUGUACUUCACCAAUCUAGUCGACAUGAUAUCGGUGGACGUCUCAGCACCACUGCCCAUCUUUAGCUUUGGUCAUCAUGGCAUCAAGUACAUGUCAGUCGUGUGUUAUCUAAUGUUUGCCAUCCAUGCCAGAAUGAUUGGCGAGCUCCAAAAGUCGUUGUGUUGCCUGGCCAACGCACUCAAGUUGAUCGACGGCGAGAUUGCGAUAGUGUACGCUCAGUCACGUGGCGAACUCAACAGUGACAAGAUGUCAGAGAUCCGAUCAAUACUGCGGCUCAAGUUUAUGGUUCACGAGAACAUGUUCUACAUUCGCCUGACACACUACGAUCUGGACUCAUCAUUCAUUGAGCUCCAGAACUGUGUCUAUCUAUUUCAAAACCAUCCAUUACUCUUCACUGACUUUGGUGUCUCGGCAAUCCACACUCUUUCCGCUCUUUAUCUUCAAGCACUUGGACAUCCAGAGCUUUCAAAGCCUCACAUUGACAUAUCACUUCAUAAAGCCAAACGAUUUGAUGUACAGAUAUUGUCAAUCAUCAGGCUGGCAAUUUAUAAUAUUAGCACUGGCGAGAUGGAAACUGCCAAAAAGAUCAUCAGGGAUUACUUAUCGCAGUUGGAGAAUCAUCCACAACUGCUGUUCAAGACGACAUCAUUGUUCCUUGAUGGUAUUACCCAGGCAUCAAUAUCACCGAAUGAGGCCAAGGAGAAGUUCAAAGAGUGUCUAGACAUCUUGAACACCAACUUUACACAUAGCCAACUGACAACAAACGUUCUAAUAUCAUUGGCCAGAUUAUAUCUUCAGUAUCCAAAUCACAAUCACAGUCACAACAAUGACAACAAUGAAAAUGACAACAACAACAACAACAAUACUUCAUCACUGGCAGAGUCAGCAUUGAUGAUGGCGACAGUAACAAACGAUUUGAUAUCCCAGUGCAAUUGCAAUAUGAUAGUUCGGAGUGGUGGUGGCAGCAGUGCCACUGAUGGCAGCAAUGGAAACAUCCUGGAUCAUCAGCUAUUCGAACGACGCGACGCCACCCUCUCCAAAAGUCUGGAAACACUUGAUCAGAAGAAGGCAUACUUUAAGAUGUUGCUCGAUAAAGAUCGCUGA